CUCAAAAAACUAGUAACUUGGAUUAUAACUCUAUAGAUGAGUAUCAAAAGUGUAAGUGCAACUAGUGUUUACUAUAUUAGCACUUUCUGUUAAUUUUUACUUUUGAAUUAUAAUAAUAGCCUUUUUCAGAUUAUUCUGCAAUUUCCCAUAAGUCUUCAACAUGUCCAUCAAAUAAAAUGUUGAAAAGAAUGGGUUAUAAUAAUUGUGCCCAAAAUUAAGGUAAGGCUUAUUGCAUAUCUCUAAAGUAUUCCUGUCCACAAAGAUCAAUUGCAAGAAAUUGAUUAGUUCAAUUUAAUGGAAUUCAUCAUAAAAGUUCAGUUCCAGUAUUUAUAUUGUGUGGAUUAGAAGUUGCUGGUCAAUCUUUAUAAGCUCCAUCUAUUUACCUGGUCUUAUAUGAUUUGCGAUUAUUAGUAACAAGAAUUUUGUAUGAAAAUCAUAACUGUGUCUUGUGAAAAAAUAAUAGUUUUCCGCAAAUCCCAUCAUAAUUGGCUUUAAGACGGUGAUAAGUAGUAACCGACUAGAAUCAAAUUUGAGAAAAUUGAAGAUAAAUUGAUCUAUCAAGGAUCAACUAUAGUAUUAAUAGGAUGAAUUGCAGAGUGAUAUACAAUAUCUCUAUUCAUAAAGAGUUAAUAUAGGACAACCAAAUGUUAAAGCUUUAAUUAUAUCAAAUCAUAAUACCAAUAUUUAGGAGGUCGGAUAUAAUUGAUAUAAGAAUCCAAAUUGACGCAACCUCAACAUACACUAACCGUAUUAAACAGCUACUACAAUAACAACUUGUAUACUACUCU